CUACUCUGCAUUUACGAAACGCGCUUACGGUUUGCCGUAGCUAUUCCGCUACUCUGAGGUCGAGCAGCACGUGUAGUAGAUGAGCACUGUGCAUGAGUGUGUUGUGAACACGUUUAUUAUCGCUUUACAACAACGGCUUUUGUGUUGUAUAGAUCGUUGUCGAUCUGUCGCAUCAGGCCAGGCCUAUUUUACACCAAGUAUCUCAGCAACGCAUCUUCAAAUCAUUUGCAUAUGAUUGCCAGUAUGAAGUACAUUCUGGUGACGGGUGGUGUGAUCUCAGGCAUCGGGAAAGGCAUUAUAGCCAGCAGUGUCGGCACGAUUCUCAAGUCCUGCGGCCUGCAUGUCACAGCCAUCAAGAUCGACCCGUAUAUCAACAUAGAUGCAGGAACCUUCUCACCAUAUGAGCACGGUGAGGUGUUUGUUUUGGAUGAUGGGGGAGAGGUUGAUUUGGAUCUGGGAAACUACGAACGUUUUCUGGACAUCAGGCUUACCAAAGACAACAACCUGACCACAGGAAAAAUCUACCAGUCCGUCAUCAACAAAGAGCGCAGAGGAGAUUACUUGGGCAAAACCGUACAGGUGGUGCCACACAUAACUGAUGCUAUUCAGGAGUGGGUGAUGCGUCAAGCUAAAGUUCCUGUAGAUGAUGAUGAUGUUGAGCCCCAGGUUUGCGUCAUUGAGUUGGGCGGUACGGUCGGAGACAUAGAGAGCAUGCCUUUCAUCGAGGCCUUCAGACAGUUCCAGUUUAAAGUGAAGAAAGAGAAUUUCUGUAAUAUUCAUGUCAGUCUGGUACCACAGCCCAGCGCUACAGGAGAGCAGAAGACCAAACCCACUCAGAACAGUGUGAGAGAGCUCAGAGGACUUGGACUGUCGCCUGACCUGGUAAUGUGCCGAUGCUCCACUCCACUUGAAAACUCUGUUAAAGAGAAGAUAUCCAUGUUCUGUCAUGUGGAACCUGAACAGGUGAUCUGUGUACACGAUGUAUCGUCCAUCUACAGAGUGCCCCUGCUCUUAGAAAACCAGGGUGUUGUGGAUUACUUUUCUCGCAGACUGGACCUGCCCAUUGAAACCAGACCCAGGAAGAUGCUCGCAAAGUGGAAAGAGAUGUCGGACAGAUCAGACAGGCUGUUGGAGCAUUGCUCCAUUGCUCUAGUGGGGAAGUACACUAAGUUCUCAGACUCGUAUGCCUCUGUGAUCAAAGCCCUGGAGCACUCCGCUCUCGCCAUCAGCCACAAACUAGAGGUUAAGUAUGUUGACUCUGCAGAUUUGGAGCCCAUUACAUUACAGGAAGAGCCGGUGAAGUACCAUGAGGCCUGGCAGAAACUCUGCAGUGCAGAUGGUAUUUUAGUACCUGGAGGUUUUGGAGUACGAGGGACAGAGGGCAAGAUUCAAGCCAUCAAUUGGGCCAGGAGACAGAAGAAGCCUUUCUUGGGUGUGUGUUUGGGGAUGCAGCUAGCUGUGUGUGAAUUUGCUAGGAACAUGUUGGAUUGGACAGAUGCUAACUCCACGGAAUUUGACCCAGAAACAAAACAUCCUGUGGUGAUUGACAUGCCUGAGCACAAUCCAGGGCAAAUGGGCGGAACUAUGCGGUUGGGGAAAAGGCGAACUAUUUUCAAAACCAAAAACAGCAUACUUAGAAAACUUUACGGAGACGUAGAUUAUGUAGAGGAAAGACACAGGCAUCGUUUUGAGGUGAACCCAGAGCUGAAGCAGCAUUUUGAGGACAAGGGCUUCAAUUUUGUGGGUCAGGAUGUGGAGGGAGAGAGAAUGGAGAUCAUAGAGCUGGAUGAUCACCCAUAUUUUGUUGGUGUCCAGUAUCACCCAGAAUUCACAUCCAGACCCAUAAAACCAUCUCCACCAUACUUUGGCCUGCUGUUGGCUGCUGCAGGGAGGCUUCCAGGUUAUGUCCAGAAAGGUUGUCGACUGUCGCCACGAGACACGUACAGUGACCGAAGUGGCAGCAGUUCUCCAGACUCAGAGAUUGCAGAUUUUAAACUAUGUUCAAUUGCUCAGGAAUAAGUCAGUUAAUGGUAUGUUUAAUUUCUUUUAUCCCCCAUUGCUUUUAGGGCCUGCUUUUUGGUAAAUGGGUGGUUUUAAAUUGUUCAGUUUCAGCAGUCAAUGGAUUUUGAUGACAGCUGCUUCAUUUGUUUUUAAACUGUCUGUUUGUACAUGUGAUCAUGCCAAUUCAAUUUGUUGAAUAAAGUUUUAGACUUACUUGAGGUAAUUAAUGAAGUAACUUCAUU